GGAAGAGUUCAGUGCAUAUUUUUUUAAGGUCGCGUGUGGAAGCUGUGUUCAAUUUUGCUGAAUUCGUUUCAUCCCAUAAGCACGAUGAGGUUUGUUGUUUCGGUUGUAAUCAUAGCCGUCACCACGUUACAACUGGUCACGGUCCAUGCUGCCGAAAAUCCAUGUACGAAUGGACCACCCGUACAAAAGAAUCCAAUGGAAUGUUGCAACACACCAAUGCUUCUUGAUAAAGAUGUUAUGAUGGACUGUUACCAAAAGUAUGGUGAACAAACUAAGAAGCAGCUGAAAAUGGAGGGUGUCCCUCGUGGCUGUUGCAUCGCUGAAUGUGGCCUGAACGCCACCGGCCUUUACUCUAAUGGUAUGAUCAAACGGGAUGACAUGACCAAAAUGUUCAUGGACUCCGUCAAAGAUAUGCCCGAAUGGCAGAUGCUCGUCCGAGACACGUUGGACGAGUGCUUCAAGAUGGCCGAAUCGAAGAUGGACGAAAUCGAAGCCGGAGCCAUGCUGGAACCAAGCUUCGAAGGAGAGAAAAUUUGCCAUCCGAUCUCCGGCACCAUACUGCGCUGCAUGGGCAUGAACUUGUUCGCCAAGUGCCCGGCUGGGGUGUACAACGAGAGCGACGAGUGCGAUCAGCUGAAGGAAUACUCCAAGAUGUGCCCGAUUAUGUAAAAUGGAAAACGAGUACGAAUUGGUGGUGUAUGUUGGAAAAUGAUAAGACAUUUUUAGUCAAUUAAAACAUUAUAGUUGCUGCAAAGCCAAGUAUUCUUCUGAUCGAUUUAAGAAAAGAAAAUUUAAAAAUGGCACACCUG